CAAGGCCCAGUACGAAGAAGCCCAGUUCAAGCAAAGAAUCCGACUCAUCCAUCCAUCUCAAUCUAGAACCAAGGUUUCUAAAACCCUAGCUUGGACAAGAAGAUCCAAACUCUAUACACACACCGUCACACACAGACACAUCACACAUACACGUCAAUGGCAACAGCAAGAAUCAAAGAGCUUUUCAAAAAAUACGGCAAAGUAGCCCUCGGUGUUCAUCUCUCGGUGUCCGCAGCAUCCGUCACAGGUCUCUAUGUAGCUAUUAAAAGCAACGUCGAUGUCGAAUCGCUGUUCGAGCGCUUCGGUAUCGGCGUCGCGAAAGAAGAUGAAGAAGCUGUUAAAAUAACGGAGAAUAUGAAUGAUGAGAUUAUUAAUCCGAAGAAGAGGAAUAGGACGGCGGAGCUAGCUGCGUCGAGUGGCGGUGCGUUGGCUGUGGCGGUGUUGUGUAAUAAGGCGUUGUUUCCGGUGCGAGUUCCGAUUACGCUGGCGCUUACGCCGCCGAUAUCGAGGUUUUUGGCGAGGCGUCGGCUUCUUAAAGGCGGUGUAUGAAUUUAUGUGUUUGUUUAGAUUUGUUUUUGUUUAUAAUGUGAUGUGCUUGUGGAUUAAGGAGCGUGUUUUCGGGUUUAGUUAUCGUUAAUUUGAUAAAAUAAUGGAGUAUGCGCUGCAAUGGAUGAUGAUCUUAGCAAAUUGAAUUUAUAUUUAGCGGAAGUUAUAAAUGAUCUUGAUAAAUGGAGUAUACUGUCUCUUGAUGAAUGAUUAAUAAUAAGAUGGCACAUAUUGAUAUCUGA